UUACUGUACCAAUUGUACACGUCGCCUUGUCUGUAAUUGGCCUUAAUUCGUAAUUUAAAACGUGAAUAAUUAUUCAAAGUCGAUGGAUGAGUGAAAUUCCUUAUUCAGAGCCCAAAAGAGUUCUAAUAAUUAUUGGCAAUUUGUUAUUCGACUUUGAAGUAGUUGAUGGAAAGUACCUUCUUUGAGUGACAACAAAAGCACGUAAUGUGAGCAAAAUGGCGAGAGGUAAGCGACCAAUUCGUGGAGGCAAACAAGCUCAUCGCAACUCAAAAUUUCAGAAACCAAAACCAAAACAGAAAAAGGGGAAAUUCAAUUUGCGAGAGGCUUCGUAUGUUAAAGAUCGAGAUGCAAAGAACGCUGAGAUAGAAAAUAGAAGAAGAAUACUAGCAGAACAAGAGACGAAGAAACGCCGACAUGAGUAUGAAUCUUCAGAAGAAGAGGAGGAAGAGGACUCCAUGAGGACUCUCCUCUCUACGUUUUCUAAUAGUUCUCAGAAAAAGAGUAGAAUAGCUAUUGAGUCUGAAUCUGAGAGUGAGGAACAAGACGACGAUGAUGAUGAACAUGAACAGAUAAUCGAUGAAGGAAUUGAAGAAGAAUUGAAUUCCGAAGCUGAAAAUUCUUCAGAUGUAGAGAUAAAAAAUGAAAAAAUUCAACAAGAAGUAGAAGAUGCAGGAAAAAGUGAAAAUGAAGGAGGAAAUGGGGAUGAGGAUGCGAUAAUUGAAAUUCAAACAAAAGAAGAAGACGAAGAAGAUGAAGAAACCUCCCGUGAAGACCAGGGAAUAAUAAAAGAUCCCUUUUCCCUCCACCUGAAUCACGAUCUGUCAGACGAACUUCACGAAAUCCUCUCCUCUCAAACUGCUCCCGAGAGCCAAACGAUAACCUGGCCGAUCCUGGGGAGACUCGUCUCCCAAAUCCCCAAGAUCCCCAACUAUCCAUCAAAGUCCAAGACCUCGAAAAUUCUAGAAGCUAAACACUUUGCAAUACCCGGCUCCAUUCCCUCAAUAAUCUCCAAAAUCGACUGGACGAAGCUCUACAUCAAAUCCCAGAUCCAGAACAACCUCACAAGAGCCAACUACCUCAACAUAAAAGACAACCUAGACUCGAAUCCUAGUGCACUAACCCCUCUCCAAAAAGAACUAUUCUCCAUAAUAAACAACUACCAGGAUUUGAUGUACCCCGCGAGGACCUUCUCAAACGAAAACGAGAUAAGAUUCGUAUACUGUCUCCACGUAGUAAAUCACCUUCUAAAGACGAGGACCAAAAUCCUGCACCACAACGCAAAGCUCUCCAAGUCUAACAAGUCAUCAAUGGGCGAAGUACCUGACGAAUAUCGAGAUCAGGGUUUAGUUCGUCCCAAGAUCUUGAUAAUCGUCCCUUUCAGGCACUCCUGCCUCAAGAUCGUCGAGGUCCUUAUCUCUAUUUUGAUCGGAGAGGAAAAAGGAGGAUCAGUGAUGAACAAGAAGCGCUUCCUCGAGGAUUUCGGAGGAAGCGAGAUAAUCAUGCCUAAAAAUAACCCGAAACCUGAGGACUAUGAACAGACCUUCAGAGGAAACACUGACGACACUUUCAAGAUUGGAAUUUCAGUAACGAAAAAGACGUUGAAAUUGUACUCGGACUUUUACUCCUCAGACAUCAUAAUCUCUUCGGUUUUGGGGCUGAGGAUGGUGGUGGGAGCUGAAGGCGAGGAAGAACGGGAUUACGAUUUCCUGGCGUCGAUUGAGCUGUUGAUAAUGGACCAGACUGAGCUGUUCUUCAUGCAGAAUUGGGACCACUUGCUUCAUGUUCUCGAUCAUCUCCAUCUGCAGCCGAAGAAGCCACACGAUACAGAUUUUUCGAGGGUCAGGAGCUGGUGUGUCAAUGGAUGGUCAAAGUAUUACAGGCAGACUCUCAUUUUUUCUAGUCUUCAGUUGCCUGAGAUACACGCGGUGUUCAAUAAAAAGUGUCAGAACUACGCCGGCAAAGUUAAGGUGGUAAAUCCUUGUGUUCCUGGAACUGUUUGUCAGGUUGUGGUGCAGUUGCCCCAGGUUUUCCACAAGUUUAAGGCUUCUAGCUAUGCGCAAGCCAUAGAGGGACGAAUGGAGUUCUUCUUAUCAAAGAUUCUGCCGGAGUACAAGGACAGUAUCAUGAAUCAUACGAUGAUAUUCGUGCCUUCUUACUUUGAUUUUGUGAAGCUUAGGAAUUAUUUUAAGAAAGAGGAAAUGAGCUUUGUGCAGAUUUGUGAAUACACGAAGGACGGCAAAGUGGCGAGGGCGAGGGACAUGUUUUUUCAUAGUGACGCCAACUUUUUGAUUUAUUCUGAAAGGUUUCACUUCUUUAGGAGGAUCAGGGUGAAGGGGAUCAGGCAUCUCAUUUUCUUCGCUCCUCCGACGUUUCCAAGGUUUUACUCAGAGAUGUGUAAUUUAAUGCAUGAGGCUAAUCAGAAUCCUAAAGCUGGGACUGAGAAUAAUAUGACAGUUACGGUUCUGUAUUGCAAGUAUGAUGCCAUGCAGCUGGCGGGGAUUGUUGGGACUGAGAGGGCUGGUAAAAUGAUUGGAUCGGACAAGAGUGUACAUAUGUUGAUGACUGGGGAUUAGUGAGUAGAGUGAUGAUUAAUAAAUGUUUUCUUGAUGAAAUUGGUUGGAAUUGAUAAUUAAAGUUAUCUCAUUAUAUAAUAAAAAAAAUGAAGAGAUUUAAAAAUUCAGGAGACGCCCCUGAUUCUGACCUUCAUCUGUGACCCUAAUGAUGCACUAAGAAAAAAAUAUAUUUUUGCCAAAUAUCUAUUUACUUGAAAGAAGUAUUUAUUUCUUCAAUAUCGUAUUUCUCUAAACGUAUCAUAUUAGUUAUGACUGAGCAAACUCCCUCAAUAAUUAUCAACAUUAAAAAAUUAAUCAAAAUUCUUCCCUCUAGAAACUAAGAAAUUUAGGAAAAAUGAAUAAUCAUUGGAGGAGUUCAUCCAAGAUCAUGUGCAAUAUAGUCGUCCUUUAGAGCAACAUUAUUGUGAUAAUUGAAACCUAAUCAGACUCGCUCGGGAAUAACUCCAUUGCGAAAAUACAAUUUUAAAAAAAAUUAAUGCUUCUCUCAAGUAAAUGAAUAUUUAAGUUUAAAUUUAAUUGUGUGCACAGACGUCGAGUUUUUUUCAUGUUAUUAAUUGUUAAUGUCUUGUAUUUCCAUUGGAAGGAUUCUUCGUCAAGUGGGCCACCUAUUUUCAUCAUGUCUGCAAAUUCAUUUAAGGUUGUUUUUCCUUGGUUGCUAUAUUUUUUUGGGGAUUUUUAAGAUUUUUUCCAGAUUUUUAAUAAUAAUAGGAGUCUAGGUACGAGACAGAUGAACGAUUUAUCGAUUUUAUUCACUCUCAACUUAC